AGUCAUAGUUUGUUGCACUUGUUUGUUUGUUUUUUUUUCUUUUUAAAUCCGUUUAACCUCCAGGUUCUGGUCCGUCUUAUCUGUGGAAGUCGUUAUUUUGUGGGUGGACAGAUAGAGCUGUGCCAAGGGUAAAGAGGAGUAGUUUCCUGCCUAUAAAACUUGCAUGUCUGCUGGUAGCCGGCUAGCUUUAGCUACACCUUCACUGUAGCCUAUUCAUCUGCUCUGCUCACGAUGCCAGGCAACUCGUAGGGACACUGGGAGAAAAGAAAGGCGACUCCUGUAAUUUGUGGCCAGAUAACUUUUGGCAGAAGUUAAGUUUCAAGCCAAGACCCAAAAGUCCCACCUUUCUCUGGCUGACCACCUCAGGUCAAUCACAGGAAAAUGGCAGGAAAGAUUGCAAAAGAAGAGCUGGAAGAACUGAGAGAAGCCUUUGGGAAAGUUGAUCUCGACAACAACGGUUUCAUCUGUGACUAUGAACUCCAUGAGCUCUUCAAAGUGUCCAACCACCCUUUGCCUGGAUACCAAGUCCGAGGGAUCCUGGAGAAGCUUGAUCUCAACAAGGAUAAUAAGAUCAGCUUCGACGAGUUUGUCUCGAUCUUCCAAGAUUUGAAGAGCAGCGACAUUGCUAAAAGUUUCCGCAAGGCCAUCAACAGAAAAGAAGGGAUCCUGGCCAUCGGAGGGACGUCUGAGCUGUCAAGCGAAGGGACGCAACACUCCUUUUCUGAGGAGGAGCGAUUUGCUUUUGUGAACUGGAUUAACUCUGCCCUGGAAAACGACCCCGACUGCAAACAUGUCCUGCCCAUGGACCCCGAGUCAGACUCCCUCUUCAAGGCGGUGGGAGAUGGUAUAGUGCUCUGCAAAAUGAUCAACCUGUCAGUGCCAGACACUAUCGAUGAGAGAACUAUAAAUAAGAAAAAACUGACACCAUUCACAAUACAGGAAAAUCUGAACCUGGCCUUGAACUCUGCUUCUGCCAUUGGCUGUCAUGUGGUGAACAUUGGGGCUCUAGAUCUAAAAGCAGGGAAGCCCCACCUGGUGCUGGGCCUGCUGUGGCAGAUCAUCAAGAUUGGUCUGUUUGCUGACAUAGAGCUCAGCAGGAACGAAGCGCUGGCAGCCCUGCUGAGAGAUGGAGAAACCCUGGAGGACCUCAUGAAGCUCUCUCCAGAGGAGCUGCUUUUGCGCUGGGCAAACUUCCACCUGGAGAACGCCGGCUGGCAGAAGAUCAACAACUUCAGCUCCGACAUCAAGGACUCAAGGGCAUAUUUCCACCUCCUGAACCAAAUCUCCCCAAAAGGCACAGAUGAAGACCAGCCCCGCAUAGACAUCAACAUGGCAGGCUUCAGUGAGAAAGAUGACAUGAAGAGGGCAGAAGCCAUGCUGCAGCAGGCGGACAGGCUGGGCUGCCGUCAGUUUGUCACCCCAGCCGAUGUCAUCAGCGGAAACCCCAAGCUCAACCUUGCCUUUGUGGCCAAUCUCUUCAACAAAUAUCCAUCGCUAGUCAAACCAGAGAAUGAGGACAUUGACUGGGGAUUGCUGGAAGGUGAGACACGAGAAGAGAGGACAUUCAGGAACUGGAUGAAUUCCCUGGGAGUAAACCCACAUGUCAAUCACCUGUACGGAGACCUGCAGGACGCCUUGGUCAUCCUGCAGCUUUAUGAGAAAAUUAAAGUCCCUGUUGAUUGGAACAACAAGGUCAACAAGCCACCUUACCCCAGUAUUGGAAGCUUCAUGAAAAAGUUGGAGAAUUGUAACUAUGCGGUAGACUUAGGCAAAUCGGUGGCCAAGUUCUCCCUUGUUGGCAUCGGCGGGCAGGACCUGAACGAUGGCAACCCCACCCUGACUCUUGCCCUGGUGUGGCAGCUGAUGAGAAGAUACACUCUGAAUGUACUGGAGGAUUUGGGUAGUGGAGAGAAAGUAAAUGAUGACAUUAUUGUAAACUGGGUCAACAAAACGUUGGCUGAGGCCAACAAAGACACCAAGAUUAAAAACUUCAAGGACAAGGACAUCAGUAGCAGUUUGGCAGUUUUGGACCUGAUAGAUGCCAUCCAACCUGGCAGCGUCAGCUAUGAUCUGGUCAAAACGGGCACCCUCUCCGAAGAAGACAAGCUGGAGAAUGCCAAAUACGCCGUCUCUAUGGCGAGGAAGAUAGGCGCGCGUGUCUACGCUCUCCCAGAAGACCUUGUGGAGGUCAAGCCCAAGAUGGUGAUGACAGUCUUCGCCUGCUUGAUGGGUCGGGGGAUGAAGCGAGCCUAAGAGACUGGCUGUGUUGUUCAUGUGGCACUUGCUCAACUCCCACCCACAAGCCAUUAGCGUUUCCAAAGCGCUCCCCCAGCUGAAGGAAAGAAGAACGAUGUUUGAAUGAGAAUAACAUGACAUGUUUUGCAAUCAGAAAAAUGUGCAUGUUGUACUGCCACCUCUUUUGAUUGAGCAGAGGUGUUUACUGAAGAAUAAUGUGCGGUCCUCUUAUUUAAAGUAAGCCCGUAACACUAAAUUGCUGAGGGCCUGGGCCUUGUGUUGCAGAGGACAAGCUGGUAUGUUACUUCUCAAUAUGCAAAACUCUUAAUGUAUAAGAAUGCUGUUUUGUUUUUGUUUUUUUGUUUUUGUUUUUGUUUUUUUAGUACGUAUACAUAUUUCCAGCUGCAAGGUUGUUUACAUAUUUUUACUCAGACUGAUAUGUUAAUUGUAUCGAAGCAACACAUUCCUUGAUACCAUACUGAUGAAUCAUGGCUUGGCCUGGCUAAAAGAGAAGUAGUUUGGGAGGUUGGGCGUUUAGGUGUUGCAGGCGUCAAAGAAAGCACCUCAACAGCCCCUCUCCCCUAAUGAAGUACAUGCAUGUCUUAUAACUGGCAUCAUAAACUCCUACAUAUCCUCAUACAGAAGCCAUAAGGUCAAACUGUAGUACUGACCAAGCCUGAUGUGCUCUCUGUAUUCUUCUAUACGUCAUUUGUUUGUUUCUUGGGAUUAUAAGGCAGGGUAAAUGCUGUUUGGGGGGUGUCUGGCCUUUGUUGUGUUGGGCUCUUUGUUUUUUUGUUUGUUUUGUUUAUUCGUCUGUUACGCUGGAUGAGGAACAGGCUGACUUUACUCUCCUGGCUUCUGCUGUGCCUUCUUGUCUCAAAGACAACUUUGUGUUUGCGCUUUGAGGUUUUUCCUUUCUCUUUUGUAUUCAACAUUACCAAAAUAUACACGAUAUCUCCAUUCCAGGUAGCUUCAUGGUAUUCUAUGACAAUGGCCAAAUAAUUAAGUUUGGUCUUGUGCACAUGUCUACUCAUAAGUGCUUUAUAUGUAACAAUAAAUAUGACCUUGAAAACCGUG